AUGAUGCUGGCACUGUUGCUGCCCGCGCUGUUGGUGGUGGUGGCCCAAGUCCCGGUGCCAGCUUCGCCGCCAGGUUACACCAUUGGCAACGGGUCUGCUGAAGCGUCUGUGCAGUUGGAGGUGUUUGUCGACUUGCUGUGUCCGUACAGCAAAGACGCCUUUGGUGCACUCAAGCGCCUCGUGCAUCACGCGUCGCCGUCCCGCUUUCGUCUUCGCGUCCAUCCAUUUCCUCUUCCGUACCAUCAUCAAGCGUAUUCCGUCGCACAAGCAAGCGAAACCAUUCAUUUGGCAACAAAGCGACACAACUUCGACGGACAAGCCAACGUGACGGCCCAACUCGCCCAGCUUGCGCAUCAAACGUUCCCACGACUUACAAGCGAGCAGUGGGAAGAUGGCAUGUCCGGGCAUGGCGGGACUGCACGGGACUCGGACAUGCGUGUGGCGUGGAAGUACGCGUGCUCUCGGGGCGUCACCGGGACACCCACGUUUUUCUUGAACGACGUUGUUGUCGACGACCCUGA